UGGAUGGGCACCUUCAUGCACAACAGUGACACGUGCAACAAGCUGUACAUUGCUGGUAUCCCUGUUUGGUAUGUCUGCACCAUGGCAUACAUACCUUUGAAUAUGACAGUAAAACAGCCCAUUUUACUCACCCGUCCUGAUCAAAUCAUCCUUGCAAUGUAUGCAGAGGGCAACAAAAUUCGACCGUAUGAAAUCAUCUAUCGUGGCCCAGGCAGCCACAAUCGUCAGCUUCAUGUUUGCCGCCUC